UUUGAGUUUACACAUGCGCAAAAUCGCUCGCUUGCCCAUGCUUCCUGUUUGACUAUCCAUCAUAAAGACAGCAUGAGGCCUAUACUGCUUCAAGGACACGAGAGGUCCAUCACACAAAUCAAAUACAGCCGAGAAGGAGACUUGUUAUUUUCAUCAGCUAAGGAUCAAGAGCCAAAUGUUUGGUAUUCAUUGAAUGGAGAAAGACUUGGCACCUUCCAAGGACACAAUGGUGCUGUUUGGUGCAUUGACGUUAACUGGGACACAACCAAGGUGAUGACUGGCGCAGCUGACAACACCUGCAGGUUAUGGGAUUGUGAGACAGGCAAGACACUGAACGUGCUGGAGUCUCGCACAGCCGUCAGGUCAUGUGGUUUCUCAUACAGCGGGAACCUCCUUAUGUACACCACAGACAAGACCAUGGGAUUGCCCUGUGAGAUUGACAUCUUUGACAUCAACGAUUCCUCCAAUGAACCAGUGAUGGUGAUACCGAUUGAUGGGUCAAAGAUCACGUCUGCCAUCUGGGGUCCGUAUGAGGAAUGCAUCAUCACUGGCCAUGAGAACGGAGAAGUUUGUCAGUAUGACCUAAAGACUGGCGAAAAGGUGAACUCUGUCAAGGAACAUACGAAGAACAUCAAUGAUAUUCAGUUAUCAAAAGACGGAUCUAUGUUCAUCACAGCCUCAAAAGACACAUCGGCCAAGCUGUAUGACACAAAGACUUUCGAAUUCAUGAAGAGCUACAAGACGGAGCGACCUAUCAAUUCAGCAUCUCUCUCACCCAUCUAUGAACAUGUGGUGUUGGGUGGUGGGCAGGAGGCUAUGGAUGUCACCACCACUUCAACAAGGAUUGGAAAGUUUGACGCUAGGUUCUUUCACAUGAUCUUUGAGGAGGAGUUCGGCAGGGUCAAGGGUCACUUUGGUCCAAUCAACAGUGUUUCAUUUCAUCCUGACGGCAAAAGCUACACAAGUGGAGGGGAAGAUGGCUAUCUCAGAGUACACUUUUUUGAUCAAUCUUACUUUGACUUUAAAUUUGAAUUUUAAGUUAUGUCUGUAUAUUUCCGUUUCCUAUGUAAAAAGCCAUCAGUAAAGUUAAAAAUUCUUA